GGCCCAUCAGCAUCCGCGGAGGCCUGCGCGCACGCGCCCGCUCAUUAUGGGAUGUUUAGGGGAUGCUGUCUGUUUGCUCCGCAGGAAAGUCUUCUCUGACCAUCCAGUUCGUGGAGGGCCAGUUCGUGGACUCCUACGACCCCACCAUAGAGAACACAUUUACCAAAAUGAUCACCAUAAACGGACAGGAGUACCACCUCCAGCUGGUGGACACGGCAGGUCAGGAUGAGUACUCCAUCUUCCCGCAGACUUACUCCAUAGACAUCAAUGGUUACAUUCUGGUCUACUCCGUAACCUCUAAUAAAAGCUUUGAAGUUGUUCAAGUUAUCCAUGAAAAACUCUUGGAUAUGGUGGGAAAAGUUCAAGUUCCUAUCAUGCUCGUUGGUAAUAAGAACGACCUGCACAUGGAACGGGUCAUCAGCUGUGAGGAGGGAAAAGCGCUGGCUGAGUCCUGGAACGCCGCCUUCAUGGAGUCCUCGGCUAAAGAGAACCAGACGGCGGUGGAAGUUUUCCGGAGGAUGAUCCUGGAGGCAGAAAAGAUGGACGGCAGCGUGCAGCCGGGGAAAACCUCUUGCGCUGUGAUGUAGCGCCGUCUAGUCAACACACAGGACACUGCACUGGGAUAUCCCGUUACUUGAAGGCGAGCCGGCAACCCUCCCCUCCGCUGACUCCUCCCACAGAGCCCCAAUACCCAAUAGUGUCUCUCAGCCCACUGCUAUUUAUCAGUGUUCACCUCUGUCAUUGUCAGCAUUUGUUUGGUGAGAUGGAGGGUGCGUGCAUACUACCCACAAUCCCUCAUGUCUCUGCUUGGAGCUGAUGCAGAGGGAUCAGAUGUUGUUCUGAGGCGUCUGCAUCCGCCGAGCAGCUCUUUUUCUACUCCCCCAACCCAUUUUCUAAAGUUCAAGAUGUUGUACAAACUGUUUUUGAUUGUAAUCAUUAAAGUGAGACGUGGUUCUGUA